GAAAUGGAGAUGGUCGAGGAGGCUGAUUAUAUGGAUCCCGUGACCCCAAAUUUUUGGCAGUUGGCCCGCUGCCAAACAAAGCCUCCGCCCUAUCAAUUCAUUGAACCAUCCCAUAUCUCCUGCUCUUUGCUUCAUUAAAAUAAAAUUCACCCUCUUCCUCAACUCUCCCUGGAUAUCAAAUGGGCCCUUAUUUUUUCAUUUUCAGUAUCAUUAUCUCCCUAGCAUUAACCUUAGUGAAUGGAGAUGCUGGUUUGAUCCAAAAAACUUGCAAAACCACCAAGUACUAUGACCUUUGUGUCUCCUCCCUCAAAUCCGAUCCGACUAGCGCCAAUUCGGACACAAAGGGCUUGGCUAUGAUCAUGGUGGGAGUCGGAAUGGCUAAUGCGACGGCCACAUCGACCCUCUUAUCAUCCCAAUUACUUACUACCAAAAAUGACACAAUCAUGAGGAAAGUAUUGAAAGAAUGCUCUGACAAGUAUGCCCACGCCGCCGAUGCUCUUCAAGCUUCCGUUCAAGAUUUCGACUCGGAGUUAUAUGAUUAUGUCUACAUGCAUAUAAUGGCAGCUGCGGACUAUCCAAAUGCUUGCCAUAACGCGUUUAGAAGGUACCCGAGAUUGGUCUACCCGCAACAAAUUGCACGUAGAGAAGAUGGUUUGAAGCAUAUUUGUGAUGUGGUAUUAGGCAUUGUUGAUCAUCUUGCUUCUUAACUUUUUUGGUUUCUCACAUAUUUUCCAUGCGAAUAACUAGUUUUGUUUUGUUUGUGUUUAUUGUUAAUGCUUGAACUAAAAAACAGUGAAUAUUCUUAAUUUUUUUUUUUUUAAA